AGAACAAUGGCAGAAUCUUCACCAACAUCAACAAAAGCGAGACAAACCAGCAGACUGAGUUUUGACCAUGAACCUCCAUGCAUGUCAUCCUCCAGCGGUCCACUGACUGAGGAGCUUCAGUGCUCUAUAUGUCUGGACGUGUUCACUGAUCCAGUCAGCACUCCAUGUGGACACAACUUCUGCAAGACCUGUCUGAAUGAACACUGGGACAACAGCCAGACCUGCAGCUGUCCAUACUGUAAAGAAACAUUCAAGCAAAGACCUGAUCUCAAGAUUAAUACCACACUCCGAGAGAUUGUAGGUCACUAUAAAAAGAAAAGUCCUGAGAAAAAGCCUGAAGUUCUGUGUGACAUCUGUGAGGAAAGAAAGCUGAACGCCCUGAAGUCGUGUCUGGUGUGUCAGAGCUCUUACUGUGAAACUCACCUGGAGCCGCAUUUGAGAGUGGCAGGUUUGAAGAAACACAAACUGAUGGAUCCUGUGAGUAAUCUGGAGGACUAUAUAUGUCAGAAACAUGAGAGACCUCUGGAUCUGUUCUGUAGAGAUGAUCAGAUGUGUGUGUGUUCAGUCUGCUCUGUGAAAGACCACGAAAACCACAACACUGUUCCUAUAGAAGAGGAGAGCGAAGAGAAGAAGACUGAACUGAUGAAGACACAGAAAGACACGCAGCAGAUGAUCCAGGACAGAAUCAAGAAGAUUCAAGACAUCAAACACUCAGCAGAAGUCAGAAAAGGAUUUUAUACUGAACUGCUGGAGAUGAUGGAGGAGCAGCAGAAAGCAGCAGAGAAACAGGAGCAAGAGCUGAUUGAAGAGCUGGAGCAGGAGAUCACUGAGCUAAAGAUGAGAAACACUGAGCUGGAGCAGCUCUCACACACUGAAGAUCACCUCCACCUCCUACAGAUUCACUCAUCCCUGUGCAGCCCUAGAAACAGCAGGAACUGGCCUGAGAUCAGUAUGAAGACUCAUGAGAGUCUGGAGACUCUGAGGAGAGCUCUGACUCAACUGAAGGACACUAUAGAUGAGAAACUCACACUAACUGUCUCUACAGAGCUGAAGGUGAUGCAGCAGUAUGCAGUGGAUGUGACUCUGGAUCCUGAUACAGCUCAUCCUGAUCUCAUCCUGUCUGAUGAUAGAAAACAACCGUCUGGUCUAAGUGGCCCUCAUCGUUCAGGUCAAGGUCAGCGCGGGAAGGAGCCGCAGAAGAUCAUGGCGAGUGUUUCCCUCACUGAAGAUGUCCAGCUGAAUAAAGCAGAGAAGGUCUGGAAACCAUCAGUGAAGCGCAGCGGCCGUGCCGACGAGGACGAGCCCGAGUUCUUGAAGACGCAGGAGCUGUUCAAACACAUGGAGAGCGUGUUGAAUCAACUGACGCCGCAGAUGUUCCAGCCGCUGAUGAAGCAGGUGAGGGAACUGACCAUCAACACCGAGGAGCGCCUGAAAGGAGUGGUCCACCUCAUCUAUGAGAAGGCCAUCUCUGAGCCCAACUUCUCUGAAGCCUACGCCAACAUGUGCCGCUGCCUCAUGGGGCUGAAAGUUCCCACCACGGAGAAACCUGGAAUGACGAUAAAUUUCAGGAAGCUGCUGCUGAAUCUUUGUCAGAUAGAGUUUGAGAAGAACAAAGAUGAUGAUGAAACAUUUGAGAAGCAGAAGAAGCUGGAUGCCGCCACAGGGGAAGAGGAGAAGCAGAGGCUAAAGGAGGACCUCGAGGACGCCAAAGAAGAAGCCCGCCGACGGUCGCUAGGCAACAUCAAGUUCACUUGCGAGCUGUUCAAGCUGAAGAUGCUGACGGAGCCCAUCAUGCACGACUGCAUCGUCAAACUGCUGAAGAACCGCGAUGACGAGAAGAAUCUGGAGUGUCUCUGCUGCCUGCUGUCCACCAGCUGGAAACAUCUGGACUUCGAGAAGGCCAAGCACCGAAUGGAUCAAUAUGUAAACCAGAUGGAGAAAAUUAUUAAGGAGCGGAAAACCUCUUCCAGAAUUCGCUUCAUGCUGCAGGACGUUCUUGAUUUACGACGGUUAAACCGUGAAAAUAGACUCUGAGUGUGUGAUCAUUUACUUCCUUAUUUCUCAUUCCUGACAUUAUUGUGAACAGUUCAUUAAUGCACAUUAUUCUAAAAUAAAAUGUUUG